AGAGGCUUGUAAUUACGUUUGAAACCGAAACCCCAGAUCGUCGGCCCGCUUUGUCUGCGUUUUUAGCCCGAUUUAACACGCCACUCGGGGAAGCGUGCACUCUGGCUGGUGUAAGUACUCCGCAUGGGGACACCAAGGCAGGAGUAGCGAAGGGUGUCAAAGUGGGGAGAUGAUGAGAGUUCACGCACACACUAAGUUUUGCUUUCUCUGCGUCCUCACCCUCUUGUAUCAUCAAUGCUCUCAUUGCCAUGAUGGUGGUCACCAGCACCAUCAUCACGAUAAUGGCCAUGAGCACCACGAUCAUGACCCCGAUCAUGACCAUGAUCAUGUCCACAGCGACCUGCAGAUAUCAAAAGCACCGUACAUCAGCCUGUCAGAUCACCCGGCGCCCAGCAGCCAAAGCGAGGCGGCGGAGCACGAACAGAAAUACUACAUCCAGCAAUUGUUCCGUCGCUAUGGGCAACAGGACCGGCUGGAUUUCCGUGGAUUUCAGAGCCUGUUGCUGAGCCUGGGCCUGGGUGAGGUGCGGGUGGUGGGAUUAGAGCAUGAUGAUUUAGGCCACGACCAUGUGGCCCACCUGGACCUCCUGGAAGUUCAGGAAGGCCUCCACUCUCAUUCGGCUAGCCACCCGCAUCCCCAUCCACACCCAAAAUCGCACUCCUACCACAACCACCACCAUCACUCCCAUGGGGAGGCCAGUGGAGGCCAGCCCACAGCCCAUGGGCCCUGCAGCCCCAGUUUCACUGCUGGAGCCAGACCUACUAUAGAUAGUGGGCCUCUAGGACGGCAUAGUCAUGAUCUGGACAAAGACAGUGGCCAUGAUGACCACGAUCACGAUCAUGACCAUCAUGAACAUGCACAUGAAACUGAACAGCACAGUACACAGACUCAGAGCAUUGACCAUGACCAUGCACACGUCAAUCAUGAACACUGGCGUGACCAUGAUCAUGAACGGGAUGAUGACCAACCUCAACACAUUGACCACACGUCUCUCCAUGACCAUGAUCAUGAUCAUGACUAUGACCAUGACCAAGAUCAAGACCAUCAUGGCCAUGAUGACACACAAGAAAACAAUGACCUGGGUCAGGACCACAGCCCUGGAACAUCUCCAGACAGCACACACACACAUAGCCAAGAAGUGAGUAAGACACAGACCCAUCACCAUCAUGACCAUCACCACCACAAACACCCCCACCCUCACAACCACCACCACCACACUCCAGACACGACAGACCAGCUUAGCCUUACACAGCCAACCCAGGCAUCCCCACAUCUCACAGGGAUUUCCUCCAAUGCUGAGACGUCCUAUUUUCAGCUUCUGUCACCCACACAGCCUCCUACCACAAGGCCCAAAAGGGUCAGGAGACCAACCAAAGGUCGAGGGCAACGCAGUCGCAACAAAAACCCAAACACUUUCGCUCCAACCAGCUCUGGGUUGGAUGAUGGCAGAAGUGACCAUGACCAUGACCAUGACCAUGAUCAUGAUGACCAUUUUCAAUCCCAAGGUCAGUCACACAAAGAAAAAAGAGAGGUACCAGAAGAAAUUACCAAUCCAAACAUCUCAUCACUGACUGGACAUUUUGAAGAUCUGCCUCACCAACAUGAGGAGUGUCUGAACUUGACCCAACUGCUGCGACACUACGGUUUGAGCCCCGACUCGCUCAUCUCUCCGGCUCAGUUCACCUACCUGUGUCCCGCCCUGCUCUACCAAAUAGACAGUCGUGUCUGCAUCCGACAUUACCAUCAGGUUGAUGUUCAGGAAGCGCCUCAACUGUCAGUGUGGAUCUGGGUCUGGGGCUUUGUGUCCAUCACGGUCAUUAGCUUGCUGUCUCUGCUGGGUGUGGUGCUGGUGCCCAUCCUCAACCAGUCCUGCUUCAAGUUCCUGCUCACCUUCCUGGUGGCGCUGGCCGUGGGGACCCUCAGCGGAGACGCCCUCCUCCACCUGCUGCCUCACUCUCAAGGAGGCCAUGACCACAGUCACGGAGAACACAAAGGAGAGGAAGAUGAGACAGACCUGCUCACUCAGUUUGAUGGUGUGUGGAAGGGUCUGACCGCAUUGGCAGGAAUCUACCUCCUUUUCAUCAUCGAACACUGCAUCAGCAUGGUCAAACAUUACAAAGACCAAGGGGGUAGCUUCUGUAGGAGGAAAAAGAGAGGUGAGGAGGGGAAGAUUGGGAGAAAGUUGUCAGACCACAAGCUGAACAGGCGAUCAGAUGCUGAGUGGAUACAUUUGAGACCAUUGACUGAAGGGUCCAACAAUGACACUCAAAUGAAUGAACUACAGCCUUUGGAUUCCCCCAGCAAGACUCAGCUGGCCAUCUCAGAUACACAGCACUCUCAACAAGAGACGACCGUAACCGCAACAGAAAACGGCAGAAAGGCUAAGACAAAGAAACACGGCCAAGGACACUCGCAUGGUCAUGGGCACUCCCAUCACGGGCACUGUCACUCAGACAAGGACAUGAAGGAUGCUGGGAUAGCCAGCAUAGCCUGGAUGGUCAUCAUGGGUGAUGGCAUGCACAAUUUCAGCGAUGGUCUGGCCAUCGGUGCUGCUUUUAGUGCCAAUAUAACAGGAGGCAUCAGCACAUCUGUUGCCGUUUUCUGCCACGAGUUACCUCAUGAACUGGGUGACUUUGCGGUGCUGCUGAAGGCCGGCAUGUCAGUGAAGCAGGCCAUUGUGUAUAACUUGCUCUCAGCCCUCAUGGCCUACUUUGGCAUGGUGAUUGGCACAGCUGUGGGCCAAUACACGCACAACGUCACCAGCUGGAUCUUUGCCGUCACUGCCGGCAUGUUUCUCUAUGUAGCCUUAGUGGACAUGCUACCCGAGAUGCUCCAUGGCGACAGUGAAGAGCACAAACGCUGCCACCUUGGUCAUUUUGUCCUGCAGAACCUGGGCAUGCUCACCGGUUUUGCCAUCAUGCUGCUCAUCGCCAUUUUUGAGGACCACAUCGUGCUGGACUUGAACUUCUAGCCGGAUGCCGGGGACCCAAGCUACAUGCCCCGUGCUUCGCUCUUAAGUGACUUUGUCUCCAUGGCGGUUACCGUCCUCCAAGCAUGGCGCAAAGUGUCCUCAUGUCUCAUUUGCGUCCCUCUUAAGGAGGGCCUUCAGUGGCUUACAGUGGACAUAGACAUGCAGACAACGUUUACAUUUGACCCUUUUCCACCCAUUGUGUCUCUGCUUCCUGUGAAACAGUACGACUCAGCUCAGCGAUGAUGGAGAAACGCUGAUGUGACGACCACCUCGCUCGUUGCUAGUCUCUCUUUUGGAUCCUGUCCUCUACCUUUAAACGUGUAAAUAUUUGGGUUAUAUUUCAUAUGUGGGGACGCAUAGAUAUCUGUAGAUGAAUGAAAAUGUGAACAUAUCUUCUCUAUAUCGCUACACUGACAAUGACUCACAAUUAGAGUCAUCCCUUUAAUUUAACUACAGUCUUAAAUCUGUGAAUGAAGAUGGAUCCCAGAGAGAGGCAGCUACUGCAGACACCCAGUUCACUCGAGCAUCAAGUCGUGCAUCCGGUAGACUCGUGUUUAGCCCCUUUUCAUUUGUAGUAUGCUCGCGGCAUGACCCGUGGCCCCUUCAUGACAAAAUGUGAUAUGUCCUACUGUGUUAUGUCUGGUGUUGUCCUACCAUCGUGGUGCUGAAUCACAGAUCAUAGAGCUACACGCUCCUCCAGUGUAGAGCGAUCCAGCUGAGAAAAUGGGUACUGUAUUGGGAAUUACAGGCAGCCUUUUUUUGUGUUAGCCUUUUUUCUGUGUUUCCAGCUGUUGCUGCUUUGAUUCGUUUUCAUCCCUGUUUUUCAUUCUGCUCUAUGUGCACUAUUCCUGUUUGCAGGAAUUUCUCUUACGCACACUACAUUCGUCACUCUUUUUCCAU